AAGGCAGGGCCGGAGGUCUCAGCAGCCACACACACUCUCUGCUUGUGUCUCUCUCGGUGUGCUGCUCUGAAAGCCGGCUGCGUCAACCUCUCCAGCCUCCAGGUCGCUCGGAUUAGAGAUGCAGACGCCACAUUGCAGGGCCCCCAAUCUCCUGCUCAUCCUUCUGGGCCCCGUACUGUUGGCCGUGGGCCGGGCCGCUAUGGACAGCCAAGCGCUGUAUGAACUGGAGAGGGAACCAUCCUAUUGGGAUGCUCAGGCCAGGGCAACACUGGAUGCUGCGCUGAAACUCCGCCCUCGGGAGCACCAGGCCAAGAACCUCAUCCUGUUCCUCGGCGACGGGAUGGGUGUGUCCACAGUGUCGGCAGCUCGAAUCCUUCGAGGUCAGAUGGAGGGCGGAUCAGGAGAGGAGUCAAUGCUGGCCAUGGACACCUUCCCAUAUGUGGCCCUGUCAAAGACCUACAGUGUGGAUAAGCAGGUAGCGGACAGCGCCAGCACGGCUACAGCCUACCACUGUGGGGUGAAGGCCAACGCUAAGACGGUGGGGCUCAGUGCUCACGCCGUAGCCUACGAGUGUAACACCACCUUCGGUAACGAGGUCUACUCGGUGCUACGGCGUGCUAAAGCCCAAGGUAAAUCAGUUGGCGUAGUGACCACCACCCGUGUCCAGCACGCCUCUCCGGCCGCUGCUUAUGCCCACUCUGUCAGCCGCAGUUGGUACAGUGACGCAGAUCUUCCUAUCAGCGCCCGCCGACAGGGCUGCGUCGACAUUGCAACACAACUGGUCACCAAUUUUGACAUUGAUGUGAUUCUGGGUGGAGGGAGGAUGUAUAUGACGCCGAAAGGCACUCUGGACCCCGAGUACCCUACCUCCAACUCUCGCAAGGGAGACCGCAAAGAUAAGAGGAACCUCAUUGACGUGUGGCUGAAGGCUAAACCAAACAAGAAGUCACACUAUGUCUGGCACAGGAAGGAGUUCGAUGAGAUAAAUGUGAAAGCUACUGAUCGUCUCAUGGGUCUGUUUGAGCCGAAGGACAUGCGAUUCGAGGUUUUCCGGAACAGAUCACGUGACCCCUCCAUUGUGGAGAUGACGGAGAAGGCCAUACAAAUCCUCAGCAAGAAUCCCAAAGGAUACUUCCUGUUUGUGGAAGGAGGGAGAAUUGAUCAUGGCCACCACGACGGCAUUGCCAAACUGGCGCUGACAGAAGCUGUGAUGUUCGACCGAGCCAUUCAGCGCGCAUCACAGCUAACCAGGGAAUCCGACACUCUCACUGUGGUCACCGCUGACCACUCCCACGUCUUCACCUUUGGUGGUAACACACCUCGAGGAAAUCCCAUCUUUGGUCUGGCACCAAAGAAAGCCGAUGACAAAAUGCCUUUCACCAGCAUCCUGUACGCCAACGGCCCCGGUUAUGUCCAUAUAAAUGGAACCAGAGGGAAUAUCACAAUGGUGGAUUACUACGAUGAGGAGUACAUGCAGCAGGCUGCCGUCCCUUUGGAUGCCGAGACGCACGGCGGGGAGGAUGUGGCCAUCUACGCCAAAGGCCCGAUGGCUCACUUGUUCCACGGGGUGAAAGAGCAGAACUACGUGGCCCAUGUCAUGGCCUACGCUGGCUGCUUAGAGCCCUACACGAACUGCCCUCCUCACCCCCACAGCCGCCCCUCGAGCGGGUGUGCGAACACAACCCCGAGCCUCCUGUUUGGCCUGCUUAGCCUCCUCUGGUUCCUCAGAUGACCCCAAACACAUCAACACACACACACUUACAUAAAUACAUUGUAUGCAUGCAGCAAUAAAUGCACUAAACAUUCAUAGAGUAUAGAGCACACACAAUCACUGUAUGCACACAGGCUGGCGAAGUCAGAACGCAGGGAAAAAUAUACAGUACUGUAGCCUUUGUGUUAACAGAAAUACUCGCAUACAUCCUGGUGUAUAUUCACAUGAGCUUGUAACCUAGAGUGCAUCCAAAAUGCAGGCUUAAACAUGCAUGUAGUCGCUGUUAUUCAAAUACAAACUAACAAACAGGCAGGCUAGAACGCAGACAAAUAUGCAAACAUUAAUUCACACGCAAGCAGCUCUUUAAGAAACACUCCAUGCAACUGUUGCCAUUGUAGAGCCAUCUGUAUUUACUUCAUAAGGACUAUUUACAACCUGUACUUGCAACAUGACUACUAAUUUGCACUAACUAGUUCUUUCAGUAGUUAGUUUGAUUUUUGUACUCUUUUUCCAAAGUUCAAUACAAACUCUGUUAUCAGAACUCUGCUCGCUCAGAGCUAUUAAACAUUUGCAAGGAGCUGUAUUUACUAUUUACACAUUAAUCUGAGGCUUCAACCAGAAUAACUUGAAAUAAGCAAGCAGGCUGAGGGCUCACUGUUCAGCUCUACACACAGCUGUUGAUGAACAUGACCGUCAUUGUCCAGAUGGAAUAAAUGACUAUGACAGUAACGUGAACGAGCCAUCGUGCCAAUGCCAAGCUGCGACACCAACCGACCUUACGAGUAUUCAUAAAGAUGCUGUACCUCUUUCAGGAGUGAAAAAUAUGUAGCUUUUAAGUUUUUUUUUUGUUUUUUUUUUUAUCAAGUUUGUAUCUUGACCUCAUUGGUUCCAAAUAGUAAAUCUGCUUUCUGUCAGAUCACUUGAUAUGUAAUCUGUUUGGAUUGUACAUGAAUGUAUUUUGUAAGCAAAUAUUUUGUAUUUUUAUACUGUGUUUUUGCAAAUGUUACUUAAA